UAUUUUAAGCUAUGGUUUUUAGAUGUAGUUUUUGACAAAUUAUGAGAAAGUAUUAAUAUUCUUGUGCGAGGCUCCAAAAAUAUCUAAAUUUUUGUAAUAUAUUUAGCCAAAGUGGCACGAAAAAGUGUGAAAUAUCAGGUAUGGGACGUAAAAUGUUCAAAAGAAGGUCAAAAACUUUUUCUCAAAAAUUUGGAUAACAAGGGUGGUAUGCAAUAAAAAUCUACACCGAAGGAAAAGAUGCCAUGGAUAUAUUGAUAGAUACAAAUAGAGUUAUGCAGAUACAGAAAAUGCUCCGAGACAGAGACAUUUCGUUUGAAGUGACACCUUCCAGUCUAAGCGGAUCUCGUAACAGAAGCCCUGUCUUACUGAGCCCAAGACCAAGAUCCCCACGACGUGAAAUGGAUUGGAAGGAUUUCUAUCCCCUUGAGAAGAUUUAUAGAUUCAUAGAUAGUCUUGAGGUACAAUUUCCUUCAACUUGCACCUCGACUGCCAUCGGACGGACUGUUGAAGGGAGAGACAUAAAGAUGUUAAAAAUUUCUAAUAGUGAUGCUUGUAACACUGGUGUUUGGAUUGAUGGGGGCAUACAUGGUCGGGAGUGGAUAGCACCAGCCGUUGUGACUUACAUUGCUGAUCAAAUCGCGAAGAACUUCGAUAAUCUUCCUCAGAGCAUAACGAAUAAAGACUGGUAUUUGCUUCCCAUUGUUAAUCCAGAUGGCUACUAUCAUACACAUAACUCUGAUAGAAUGUGGAGAAAAAAUAGAGCUAAGAUAGAUAACACAUGUUUUGGAGUUGAUCUCAAUCGUAAUUUUGGUUAUUACUGGGGUCGAAGUGGACUAGAAUGUUCAACAGACGAUCCCAGUCAUAUAAAUUACCGUGGCCCUGAACCUUUUUCCGAACCGGAAACGUCAGCUGUGAAGGAUAUGAUACUUUACUCGGGAACACCGUUCAAGAUCUUCAUAUCCCUUCAUUCAUACAGCGAAGUCAUCGCAUUUCCCUGGUGUUUUACAUCAGAACCGUGCGCUGAUUACGUGAACUUACUUGAAGGUGCCACUGCUAUGGCUAAAGCAAUAUAUGAUGUGAACGGACGAAUGUACAAAGUUGGAAAUUUCAAGGAUCUUAUGUAUUUCGCAACUGGCACCAGCGUGGAUUGGAGCUAUGGAACGGCUCGGAUCCCGUUCUCCUAUCUCAUAGAGCUCAGAAGCAAACAGCACAAGUUCCUUUUACCGAAAGAAGAGAUUUUAGACUGUUGUAAAGAAAUAUUUAGUGGCAUAAAAGCUUUAGCCGAAUUUGUUGACAAGAAAAAAUGUUUAAAUUGUACCAUGUUUUAUAAUAAAAAUUGUUGAGUUUGCACCGUGUGAAGCCAAGGAAGUUUUGUAUUGAUGGUAAUUUGAUCAAUAAAGACGAAUAAAAUGAAA